UUAUCAGUUUAUAUUUACUAUAAUAAUUGCAUUUCCAUGUUGUGUGUACUGUGGGAGAGCGGAUAUAGUGAAUGCGGGGUCCUGGGAGACCAGAUAUAGUGAAUGCAGGGUCCGGGGAGAGCGGAUAUAGUGAAUGCGGGGUCCUGGGAGACCAGAUAUAGUGAAUGCAGGGGUCCGGGGAGAGCGGAUAUAGUGAAUGCAGGGUCCGGGGAGAGCGGAUAUAGUGAAUGCGGGGUCCGGGGAGAGUGGAUAUAGUGAAUGCAGGGUCCGGGGAGAGUGGAUAUAGUGAAUGCAGGGUCCGGGGAGAGCGGAUAUAGUGAAUGCAGGGUCCGGGAGAGCGGAUAUAGUGAAUGCAGGGUCCGGGGAGAGCGGAUAUAGUGAAUGCGGGUCCGGGGAGAGCGGAUAUAGUGAAUGCGGGGUCCGGGGAGAGCGGAUAGUGAGCAGGGUCCGGGAGAGCGGAUGUGAAUGCGGGGUCCGGGUGAGUGGAGCGGAUAUAGUGAAUGCCGGAUAUAGUGAAUGCAGAUAUAGUGAACGCGGGGUCCGGGGAGAGCGGAUAUAGUGA